AUGCCAUGGCUUAAACGCCUCAAUCUGAUGAUUAAUUGGAAAACCGGUGACUUUUGGUUUGGCAAGGAUGCCAAAUGGUCGCCGAAACCCACCGUCGAAGAUGUACCAGACGAAGAAGUUUCAAUUUUCAAAGAAGAUGACCUCCUGGAGUUAAUCACCACCGAAACUUCUCCGACCUCAUUUGGACAUUCAGAAUCUAUCAGAGAAAUCAUAGCCGAUGACACUGAGCGUGACGAGUUACCCGCAGUAUGGAAUAAUACCGAACCAGACGACCCACCAUUAGAACCCUCUAUGGAUCAAUUUGAUGAUGACGAUCUAGUUAUCUCCUAUAUUGCAGGAGAACCAGUUAUUGGAGUAUUUGAACCCAUCAGGAAGGAGUCACCUUUAACGAAUGAAAAGACUGGAACCGCAGUCUUCACUAUACGAAGAGGCCCCACCAUCAGAAGAAUUACACACAGUACUCGAUCCCCAUUAUUCUGUAAUGCACAGAAUACGGUUUUUUAUAAACCAUCCGGUAAAUCACAGGAAUUGGCACAACAAGCACACAAGGAAGCAUCAGCUGUAGACAAACCCAAAAUCGUUGAAGAGUUGGUCCCCAACUACCUCCACGAUUUGAAGUCAGUCUUUGAAAAGAAAGCAGCUGAAUGCUUCUCAGAAACCAGGCCCUGGGACCACACCAUUGACUUGAAACCCAAUUUUAUUCCACGAGACUGUAAAGUCUAUCCAUUAUCGCUCAAGGAACAAGGAGCGAUGGAUGACUUCUUGGAAGAAAAUCUGCGAAAAGGAUACAUUCGACCGUCGAAGUCCCCCAUGGCCUCGCCAUUCUUCUUUGUUGGAAAGAAAGAUGGAGCACUACAUCCCUGUCAGGACUACCAAUACCUGAAUGAGGGAACAGUGAAGAAUGCCUACUCUCUUCCUCCGCUCAUUUCUGAGCUCAUGAAUCAACUCAAAGGUGCAUCGAUCUUUACGAAAAUUGAUUUAUGCUCCGGAUAUAACAAUGUCAGAGUCAAAGAUGGUGACCAAUGGAAGGGUGCAUUUAAGACAAAUCGCGGACUUUUUGAACCUAUGGUCAUGUUCUUUGGACUCUGCAACUCCCUGGCGACUUUCCAAAUGAUGAUGAAUGCACUCUUCGAGGACAUGAUCGAUGAAGGAUGGAUAGUCAUUUACAUGGAUGAUAUCCUCAUCUUCUCAAACAAUUUGGAAGAACAUCACGUUCGAACUCAACGUGUACUCCAACGACUCAAAGACAACAACCUAUUCCUUAAACCGGAAAAGUGUUUCUUUGACGUUAAGGAAGUCGAAUUCCUAGGCAUGAUCAUUCGAGAAAACUACAUUGGCAUGGACCCUAUCAAACUUAAAGGAAUUGCAGAAUGGCCUGAACCAAGCACGGUAAAAGGUGUUCGCUCUUUCCUCGGGUUUGGAAACUUUUACCAGAAAUUCAUUGUCAACUUCUCGGAUAUUGCUAAACCAUUGAUGAACCUUAUGCGUACCGCUGCUGGAUCUCCACCUUUUGAAUGGACAACAGAAUGUCAGACAGCUUUUGAUACAUUGAAACAACGAUUUAGUACUGCCCCAGUGUUGUUGCUGCCCGACAAAGCAAAACCCUUCAUUGUCGAAUCUGAUGCUUCCAAGUUUGCUACAGGUGCAGUUUUAUGA